AGUCCCAAAGGCAGAUAAUAACUCACUGUCUAAAACAAAGACACAUAACGCCACCAUACCCUUCAUCCGACUGAGAUUGGGACCAACUUGGGAAAGCUUUAAAAUCACUUCUCUCUCUCUCUCUCUCUGUGCAAUUGUUUGUAAAUGGAAGUAGUUAGUGAAGGAUGUAAGGAAAAAAAAGCUGAGAAAGACAAUUCUCCUUCCACCAAAAGCAAAACCAGUUUCUUGAAGACAACCAUCUCACCAAACCCCCAUUUAACAAGCCAAAGCCUUGGUACAACCAAUCCACCUCGCCGGAAAGGACCUCUGUUCUCCGAAACGGGAGCAAUGAAAGGCCGCAAGAGCAACAACCUCUCUGCACUCGUUGUGGUCUUUUCGGUAUUCCUUUUCGGGGUUUUCAUGUACAAUGAAGACGUGAAGUCCAUUGCGGAGUUUCCUUUCUCGCGGACUAAACAACAAGAAAUACAAGAAGAGCCAUCCCAACAAACCAGCCCUCUUCAAGAAACUGAAGACAAGGGUGUUCAAAAUGAAGUGUCAGUUACGAUGAAGUCGAGGACUAAACUAGAAUCCCAGGAAAAUAAUUCCGAGGAAAAACAAGAGCCGGUGGAUUUGAAAUCGAUUAUGGCAAAGGAAGAGGAGCAAAAGAUCGAAUUGCAGGUUGCCGAGGACGACGAUGAAGAGGUUGAAUUGCCUCCAGCGGAUUGUGACUUGUUUACAGGACAGUGGGUUCUCGAUAACGCGACCCAUCCUUUGUACAAAGAAGAUGAAUGUGAAUUUCUGACAGCGCAAGUGACUUGCAUGAGGAAUGGGAGAAAGGAUUCUCUGUACCAGAAUUGGAAAUGGCAACCAAGAUCUUGUUCUUUGCCAAAGUUCAAAGCUAGAUUACUCCUCGAGAAGCUAAGAGGAAAGAGACUUAUGUUUGUAGGAGACUCGUUAAAUAGAAAUCAGUGGGAAUCUAUGGUUUGUCUGGUUCAAUCUGCUGUUCCUCCUGGCAGGAAGAGCUUGAACAAAUCUGGCUCCCUUUCUAUUUUCAGAAUCGAGGACUAUAAUGCUACGGUGGAGUUCUAUUGGGCCCCAUUUUUGGUCGAGUCAAAUUCAGAUGAUCCAAAUAUGCACAGCAUAUUGAAUCGGAUAAUCAUGCCUGAAUCAAUCAAGAAGCAUGGCGUUAAUUGGAAGGGCGUUGAUUACCUUGUCUUUAACACCUAUAUAUGGUGGAUGAACACUUUUGCUAUGAAAGUCCUACGAGGAUCGUUCGAUGAAGGGUCCACCGAAUACGAUGAGAUUGAUCGGCCAACAGCAUACGGGAGAGUUUUGAAGACAUGGGCCAACUGGGUGGAUGAAAAUAUAGAUCCAAAUCGAACUACCGUAUUCUUCAGCAGCAUGUCCCCUCUGCAUAUCAAGAGCGAGGAUUGGAACAAUCCAGAUGGCAUAAAGUGUGCUAAGGAGACCACUCCAGUUCUAAACAUGACCAAAUUGCGAGUAGGCACCGACCGCAGACUCCUCGUUAUUGCAAACAAUGUGACACACUCCAUGAAAGUGCCCGUCCACUUCAUAAACAUCACCACACUCUCCGAGUACAGGAAAGAUGCACAUACCUCGGUCUACACCAUCCGUCAAGGCAAAAUGCUAACACCCGAACAACAGGCUGACCCGGCCACCUAUGCAGACUGCAUCCAUUGGUGUCUUCCUGGAUUGCCCGACACGUGGAAUGAAUUCCUCUACACACGUAUCAUCUCCAAAUCUUGACACAUACAAGUUCAUUUUUUGUUUCGUUAUUUUCUUCUUAUUUUAUUUUUGGUUCUCUUACAUAUCAUUUAUUUGUUUCCCUUGUAAGUUCAUGUAAUUCUCCUUCAAUUUCCUCCUUUAGCUUUCUUAUAGCUUGGUUUCUAGGGACGAACCAUUGAAUUUUUUGGGUUCUCUGCCUAUUUGAGAGUGGUGGGAAGCUAAACAUACCAAAUUUCUGCCAAGUAGGCAAUAGUUGCCUAAAAGCCAAGAAAAGGAGAUAAGUUGAUACACAUCUGAAUUAUUCAAUGCAUACUCUGAAAAGAAAAUAAAAUGACCAGAAAUUGUAUGUAA